AAGCCUCGGCUACCCGGUCACCUCCGCUCGGCUCAACCUACCUGAUACAUGGAGAAGACACAGAACUCACGCUUGGAGGAGAUACCGGAGCUUCAGUCACAGGAUUCAGGAUGGUCUAUACCACGGCUCUGCUCUUUGGACACAUCUUAUCGGAGGAAAAAAGCGUCGCUGACAUGAUCGGGAAGUACUUCUUCCAACUGCCGACCUCCCAGCGGGGCAGACCGGCCACUUCAGCCCGGCGGGGGAGCGUCGAGAGCUGUGAUGAAACCGACAGCAAUUCGCCUAUUGCUGACUUGGAUGCUGGUCUAGAGCAUGAAGAGAGGUUACUCCAGGUUGAUGUGACCCGGCAGAUAGAGCACUGUCUGACAGAAGCCAAGGCCACCACCCUCCACUGCCAGGUGCUGCUGCUGCCUCACCACAUGACAGCCAGGGUCGCGCAGGACGUGGUCCACUCCUCAGCAGGCGAGCCAUGUGGGCUCCGGGGAGCCUCCAUCAAGGUCUACAUAGAAGGCAAAGAUGGCCUGAAGUCUCUGGGGAACAUCUCUCCAGACCCGAGCGUCACCCCAACCUUCGAAGUGUCUGUGCUCUUCAAGGCAGAUAAGGAUGAGGGCUGGCCGCCGCUCAAGCACAUCUUUGGUACAAGCAAGGUGUUGAAGCUGAGACCCGAGUACCGGCUGGUGAAGAGGAAGCUCUACUCCUCUGCCAGCCCAGUCAUUCAUGAUUUCAACUAGGGCCAAAGUUUAGAAGCCCUGUCUCAUUGUUUACCUUUUUUUUUUUUGUAGUUUUAAGUGUGUUGUAAAUGUCAAAACACAAGUGUGAGCAUGAAAUGCACUGGAAAAUGCUGGGAGUUUCCCUGUGUCAUCCUUAGCUAUAUGGCAAUGAAUGUACAGCUAAAAGUAUGAGGUCAAAUGCUUGUUUGUUUUUUUUUCACUGAAUACAGUAUUUUGCACUUUUUUUGUUGUUUGAAGUAGACACUGUAAACCUGAGACUGUUCUUUAUGGAAUGGGCAGGACUCAUUCCUCAAGUACCUCUUUGAUAUUUAUGACAAAAAUAAAUUUUUCACACUAA